AUGGCAUCUUAUUUUCCGGACAAUUUAGGCUACCCCCGCGUCGAGCCAUCUCUAUCCAGGCAGUCUACAGGUGGUGGUGAAGGAUCCUCUCGCAGGAGUUCCAGUCGAAAGUCGACAUCGACACCAAAGCCCAGCGUCGCCUCACCGAGCGGGAGAAGAUCAGUAUACGACUUGAAGGAACAAGAGAGGUGUGUCAUGCUAAAGGGCAAGACAUUCCCGGUCAUUGUGAAUGUAAAUAACCACUCCUACCGGCACAUAAUAGAAUCUGGGGAACAGAAACCCACGGGAGGGGUGCUCAUCCCUGAAAAUUACCGCCCCAUAGGUCCAAGGCAGUAUCAUUGCCCAGUGAGGGGCUGUGAGAAAGUCUACGAGAAGGUUACCGGGCUUGGUGGCCACUUCUCCAUGGCCCAUAACACAACUGCCUUCAACGAUAACCGUGACGGGACAUUAUCGUCUCUUGGACCUUACGAGACUGAAGCCAUGGUCAACUCCUUCCCAGGUGUGAUUGUCUCGCGGAAUCCCAACACAAUCGUACCACCACCUGUUCAAGGGCAAACACCUGUCUAUCCUCCGAAACCAAUUUCGGUUCCCCCUCCCCGUCAACCAAGCGAUUACCUAAGAAACCUUCUCUCCCCAAAACAGCGGGCUUAUAACCGGGAGGACAUUCUGUUCAUGCUGUCACUCCCCCAGCUUCGUGAGCUGCCAAAAAUCUGGACCCUUCAUCUUGCGACUAAGUAUAUUUCUGAGGGUCUAUACGCUAUAAUCCUGGCCUUCAUCGUCGGGGAGGAUGUCUCUGCAACAAACAAGUGUACGCAUUCUGGAGAGAUAAAUCAGUCUAUCAGAAUACCUCCGGGGAUGCCAAAGGCGGCAAAAGCUCAACUAACCCGUGUCGAGUCUUGUGUAAGCUGCCUCUAUUAUAACUACGGUCGCCACUUAAACCCAGCAACCUGCAGCUGGACGCCUGCUCACGAAUUCCACAUGCUGGGCCUAUCCCAAUCGAUAGAGGGCAGGUCAAGGUCUGCCGAUAGCACACGAGGCCUGCAAAGCGUCAGUUUGAAGGAUGAGGAAUCUGUGUCACAGUCUAGCGCGUCAGGAGAGGCGAGCAACGAAGAGGAUGAGGAGGAACCCAAACCGGAAUCACCUCCUCCUCGGAGGGCUACGAGAAAACAAGCCGCCAAGAGCAGGAAUGAUACAUCAAAAAUGGAAGACUGGGAGUUUGCCCCAGGUAGACAACUUGACGAGAAAACCGCGGAACCUUUCGCAUUUUCUGGUCCGUACGUGACCAGCCAAAACGCAAUACAAGUCGCAGAAGACAUAGGCUUCCACCGCCUGCGAAUACCACCUGGGGGGACUCAGCAUUGGAGCGCCAAGAAGGAUGUUUUGCGGACUUGCGAAGUAAUAUCGGGCAAACUUGAGCUCAAGGUGGGAGAUGUCAAGGCGCAGCCGAUUGGCGCGGGUGGGGUUAUCGUGAUUCGUCCUGGCAUGAAGCUCACGGCCGAAAAUCGACAGUACGAUGAGGCAGUGGUUUCGUGUCAUAAUUUCUCGAAUUACUCGCUUGCGUGA